ACGGGUGCCGGGUGGAGUCGGGAGCCGUGAUGUGUCUCCUGCUGGGGGCCUCGGGCGUCGGGAAGACGCUGUUGGUGAAAAGAUUGCUGAAGCUGAGCUCUGGGGAUGGGAAGGGCGAUCUGGGCGAUCCUCCCCCGACGCGGCCCACGGUAGGCCGCCCCUCUCCCGCAGGUUUAGCAGAAGCGGGUACCUUUUACGGUUUGCAAAGCGCUUUGGGUUGUUUUAAGUGGAAGCUGGAGUCCGGCGGGUCCGUGUGUGAAUGCAACCCUCGGGAGGUGGGCACUGACCUUACUGACAUCGUGGUCCCAAGAAAGAUUACCAUCCGGGAGCUGGGGGGGUGCAUGGGCCCCAUCUGGCCCAGCUACUAUGGAAAUUGCCGUUCUCUCCUGUUCAUGAUGGAUGCGGCUAACCCCACUCAGCUGUCUGCUUCCUGCGUGCAACUCCUGGGUCUCCUUUCUGCGGAAGGACUAGCAGAAGCGUCGGUCUUGAUACUCUUUAAUAAAAUUGAUGUGCCCUGUUACAUGACCGUGGAGGAGAUGAAGUCCUUGAUCAGACUCCCAGACAUCAUUGCCUGUGCCAAGCAGAGCAUCAGCACAGUGGCAGUCAGCGCUCACAAGGGCACCGGCCUGGCGGAGGUGCUGCACUGGCUCCAGGACACCCAGGGGACUGACAGCUGACAGCUGACCUGCGGGAGGAGACCGUGACGGGCCGGCUCUGUGGAGGGGCCAGAGAGCCGCCCUCUUGGCCUGCAGAGAUCUGUUCUCAUCAGGGACAGGAUGACCCAGCACAAGCCUAGGGGAUGGGCUCCUGGCCUGAGUUGCCGUGACGGGUAAACUGAGGAACCCCGGUUACAGAAACUCCUGCCAGCUGGCCUCUGAAUGAAAAGAUCAUCCCCAGGGCUGGGAGAAGACGACAGGCUUGCAGGGUGGCUGGGCGACCUGCUCCCAUCCCGGGAUGUAUGUCCUUCCCACAGGUGUUUGGACUGCACAGCCCCACAGACUCGGUCUCUCUGUAGAGUUUCUGACAGGCUGACGAUGUGACCCCCACUGUAUGAGGCCGUUGUCAUGGAAAGAACUGAGCCUGGAGUCAGAA